AUGACGUCAUCACUGUUAAUUCCGUUCCUGGUGCUGGCCGUCGUCGCCGCCAAGGCCGUGGAGGCGUUGAAGUGAGUUUCUCUUUCUCUUAAAAAUUGAUAUUGGUUUGAAUGUCUCUGAGAAGCUUUAGAAAGUCAGCUUGAGAAAGACUUGCGCGAAAUAGAACCUUAAAAUUGAACUUUUUAUCGGGUGAUUUUUAGGCUUUUUCAUCGUUUUUUUGUGUCGAAAUAUUCCUGUUUUUUUCAUCUCUUUAAUUAAGACCGUGAUCUUCUAUUUACAAAAAAAGAAAAAGUUCAUUAUUUUUCAAAAAUUCGGUGAAAUUUUUUUAGGAUUUUUUUUGUGAAUGCCGUAUUUUUUUAAGUUCAAAUAUCGAUUUUUUUCUACGUUCCACCGUAAUUUUAAGCUAGAUAAAAAAAUACGUAAGUAUAGUGAGAUUUAUGAAAGAAAAAAAGUCAAAUAAGAAGUUUUUCAACUUCAGGGGCGCUUAUUUUGCAAGAAAAGAGGGAAAAAAGACGGUUUUUUUUUUCAUUUUUGAAAGAUAGGUCUUACUAUCCUAUCGCGAAUUGGGAAUGUUAAAAAAUGGAGUUUAUACGUUUUUUUAAAAAAACUGUUUAUUGCAUCUUCAAUGUAAGAGUACAUGUGCAAUCGACUUUCAUUGAUUUCAACUGUGUUUAAACGGCGGCAGGAGCUGUGGCUUAGGCAGAGAAGUUGUGAAUUUCGCUCGUAGAACAUCAGGUACAAGAGAGGUCGUAGGAAGAAGUACGGUGCCGGCUUUCCAAAGGCCGAUGGCAGAGAUUGAGCCUUUUUGCUGCAUGCAGCUCCCAUACGUUUUACUGAUUAUUUAAUCUCUCAGGAAGCUUUCGCACUGUUUGGCGUUUUUCUAGAACAUUCAGACGCUUUUUUAUAGACUUAUUCAUUCAAAAAUGGUUGAUCAGCUCUCCUCGGUUUCCCCUCGACUUGAGUCAAAGAAGUAGAGAAGCUUUUUAGGCUCAAGUUUUUAUACAAAAGCUGACCAAUCAGCGCCUUUCACACCAGCCCAACAAAACAAAGUACCGGAAAUGGGCGCACAUGAUGAGCCAUAAUAAGUGAGAUGGAAGCUCUCAAGACGACAGGAAGACAAAUUCUAAACAAUCGUCUGUUUACGAGGAGCUUCGCGGGGGCAAAAAGGCUGACUCAAGGCGCGGAACAAUGCUUCUUGAUUGGCUCGCGGAGCAUACCGCGAGCAAAAAAAAGCCGAUUUUCCAGUUGAGAUAUGAGCUUUUGGAUUCGUGGAAAGGUGUAGGCUGUACACAUUUUGUUAGGACCGAAAAAAAAAUUUUUCGGCCCUGAAUUUAGGUUUUUGAGUAGGAUAAGCUUAAAAUCAUCAAAAUUAGUGUGAGAGGGCUUCAAAAUAAUAAAAUUUUUGUCGAAAAAACGAUUUUUUUAGUUUCAAUAUGAUCAUAUGAAAUUGUAGAAAGGUGUAUUUUGGGUUAGUUUCCAAAAAGAAAAAAGAACGACAUUUUUUUGCCUGUAAUUCCGGGUUUUAAGUCUUAUGUGAGAGAUUUUAAUCCAAGAAUUUAGUACCACAGCGCAAUUCAAGUCUUAAAAACCUUUUUUCAGAUUCGAGCGUUUCGAUUUAUUCAAAAAUCAAACACCUGUCCUGCAAAAAAAUACGACUUUUCCCGUUUCAAUUUCAAAACUAUAAGCAUGCAUUUUCAGCUUCGAAAUCGAAUUUUUCUACUUCUGAUAUUCUUUGAUGCGUCGAAAGAUGUGAGUAUCUAGAUAAUUGAUAAGGCUGAAAGAAAUGCAUAUAAUUCUGCCCAGUUUCAUGAAAUUAACGCCAGAGAAAAGAAUUCGAAUAAAUUUCAAAAAGGACAAUUUCCAAGACUAGAGAAAGUCAUAAAGUAAAUUGGAAUUUCAAGAAAAGAAAAAAAUGAGCCCGGAAAUUGAAACCUAACGAUUUCAAUAUAAUGGCAGGAGAGAUUCAUGGACAAAUUUUAGGUCUUUUUUUAACAAAUUUAUUAGAUUUUUAAAAGAAUUUCCUCCCAGAUCACAUAAUUAUCUCACAAAUGAUUUCGAAGUGGUUGGAAAUUUUUUUAAAUUUUAUUUUCUUGACUUCCCUCUUUUCAAUUUGUCUUUCGAUUUUUUCAUUAGAAAUUUUGGCUUUCAAAAAAAUAAUUUCUUAUGGCUUCCGUGAGAUUACAGUUUUUCCACGUUAUAAAAAAUUAUCAAAAGAUUUGUUUUACAUAGAUCAAAAUAAGCUUUUUUUAAUGUAAUUUAAAAAGUUUAAAAAAAUUUUUUUCUCAACACCCUCAAUUUUUUUGUUUUUUUCAACCAGUCGUGAGAAAUAUCAGCAUUUUUUUGUUGUAAUUAGUUUUUUUUUCUGUUUUUUUCGUUUUUCUUCGAAUUUUUUUCAGCUGCUAGCAAAGUAAAAAAAUACGGAAAGAAUUAAGGCAGUGGUGUUUGAAGGAGCAUAAGAAAAUUUUAUAAGGGUAUCGAGGCGAAAAGCAGUUUUCAGUGAUUUCCCGAAACUUCUGCGCUUUUCAAAACUACAGAAAAGAUAUUUGAACCGCCUGAAAAAUUGUUCAACUUAACUUCAUUAAAUAAUUUGUAAAAAGACAAUUGCCCAUGAAGCUAUCUAGUAUUUUGUUGGUGUGUGUGUGUGUGUGUCAGCGUUGAAGGAGGAGGAGAAGAAAGAAAAGUUGAUGUGAAAUUAGAAUCCGCAAAUGGAUUCCUCUUGGAGGGAGUGUGAGUGGCUCCUCUCAUUCAACGGACAACUGAAAGCUCGUAACUCGAAACGAUUGUCAAGAUUUUCCGUGACGAUAACGUAAGGCUGGACGUUAUUAAUUUUCCCUAUCAAAAUACAGAAAUAUUCGAGCAAUUUUUAAUAGAAAAAGUCCUAGGCACUUCUGGACACCGUUUGCAGGAAAAUCGUUAUCAAAAUCACCUGAAUGUCAUUAAAUAACAUUAUAAGACUAGACUGUCCAAAAAAUCAACCAAAGCAAAUUUAACAAAAUUUUUCGUUUUUUUAUUUCCAGUAUUAUUUUAAAGUUUGCAAGAACUAUAAACCUUCAAACAUCCUGGCUGAGGAAUUUCAAUGAAUAAUGCAAAAAUACAAUAGUUAAUGGCGUGUUCAUCGAAGAAACGAAACAUGCUUCAAAACGAAAAAUCGUGUUCGAAAAAUCGGCGCGCCAAAGUUGCUCCAAAACAGUACUAAUUUUUGUUUUUGGAGCAAUUUGUUUGCGUUUCGAAGCAAUUUUCGUUUUGUCCGAUGAACACGCCAUAAAAAAAAAAAAUGAGAAAUAACUGUUUCGACAACAGUUGCGCGCCAUUGACGUACUGGAAUGCCGUUAUAAUAUUAUUUUUAAAAAGAACAUCAAAAAUUUUCUUUAUAUCUCGCUUUUCGUUUUUUUAAAGUUUUAUACAGUUUGCUGGCGUUUUUCAAAGGCAAAGAAGUUGAAAUUGGCUUGAAUUACUACAACAUUCGUCACACAAUAUUAAUGACUGGUCGCUUUUUUUGAAACCUCAGCAAACUAUUGAAAAAGCUUUGAGACACGUUUCUGAGUAUAUUUAUUCAAAAAUCUUAUUUUUAUCACUAUGAUGUUCUCUUUUCUGUUGUCUUAGGAGGAGAACAGACUUCAAAUUUGAUCUCGUUAAAUUGAUUUUUCAUUAAAAAUUUUUAUAAAAUAUGAAAUUCUGCUAUAGGUCAUUCCGCGUCAGCUUUUCACGAUUUCCAGUUGCUUCGGUGCUACAGUAGCCCUUUCGGCGCUUCCCUUCGACGCCUUUAAUAAAAACUCUUUUUUUCCGUACUUUAGAAUUUUCUCAUUCUACAAAAAAAGUUGUAACAUAAAAUUUUAUAUCAAACUAAGCCAAAAUUUAUAUGCAAAAAAAGCUCAAACAGUCGGUUUUUUUAAUAACAAUCAAAAAGUAGUAAUUUAAUUUUUCUGAUUUUUUUUUUCUCACAAAUUCAGCAUGAAAUCUGAGUGUGUAUAGUUACAGCGAAUAUACUUCUUCACUGGCAUCGAUCAUCAUUUUUAUUUCUAUUUUACCUUUGAAGCGUAUUUUCUCCUAUUUCAUUUAAAAUAAACGCAUGAAUAUGAGGCGUAUUAAAACCUCAUGCCGUUUUCGAAGUAAUUUGCGCGAAAUCAAAAUUUAUAUUUGACCCUCCAAAAUUAGGGUAUUUUUUCAAUCUUGGACGGCUAUUUCGAAGUUCGCGGAAUCACCUUGAACCCGACAUGAGCCUUAAAAAACGCAAAGUUGCUUCGUUUCUUGUACAUACAAGCCUCGGAAAAACCUUUGUUCAUUUCAAAUCCCCGCGGGGCCACUAACCAAAUUUCCUCGCACAAGAUUCGAAAGAGAAGCCAAGGUGCGCUCAUUCAGCGUUUCUUCACAAGAAAAAAGAGGAAAGGAACUGAAAAUCUUUUUCGGGAUUUCAGAUGUUUCUCGUGUGCCUCUUACGAAUAUCGGAUGCUUUUCGAGAGGGACGACGUCCUGUCGAGGAAAGUUAGGUCGGUUUAAAGAAACAUGAUUUUGAGGUUUUUGAAACAAAAAACGUUCAAAUUUCAUUAUUUUAACUUGAAAUUUGAUAAAUAUCUACGCUUCAACGAGCUUUCCACCUUUCUUGUACAUUUUAUUCGGGUUUGCCUGUAAGUAAAAUAAAAACUUUUCUAAUGUCUAAAAGCUUCUUCGACAAAAAAAAGAACCUUGGCAGGUUGAGGUUUUCAAAACCCUCGUCGGGUAUUUCGAAAUCAAUCAAAUAAUUUUUUUGUUGUUUUAGUCAGAUAUAAUCGAUUAGACGUUGAACAAGGGCUUUUGAAGCUAUUACGUUGGCGAACUAGAAGUCCAGACGUGUAGUUGAUCAAGUAGAAAGCAGGGUCAUACGGUCCUCCUUGUUCUUCUGCCUAUAGUGAUCCGAAUGCGCCUAGACGAGCUCAGAGUAUAGCAUAAUUUGUAGUCGGAACCCAGAGACCGUGCUCUAGGUGGAAGUCUCGAAGUCUCAAUUCGAGUGAAGACUUUACACAAAUUUUCAAAAGUAUUCAGACCAAUUUUCAGCGUUUUCCUAACCACAAAAGGAAAUCACUUCCCUGAUCAGAAAAGUUUAGGAAGCUCGAGUUUUCCUCUUCUUCUCGGCUGCUUUGAAUAAACUUUACAAAAAUAAUAAAUUGAAGAGUGCCGAAAUUCGACCGUCUCUGCGACAUGGAAGACAUGGUCCAAGGAUUUGCGCCAGUCGACGUUUGCCAUUCGACUUGCGUCACUAUUUUUGAGCCUCAGUACUUCGGAGGUGAUUUUUGAUCAAUUUGUUUGUUAGAAGUUGGAAGAUUUGAGUUUAUUCCAGGGUUUCAAUCCUCGUAAAGUUUUCCAAUAAAUUAUUUCAUAAGAAUUUCGAGCUUUUUCAGGUCUCCAAUCUUCACAAAGUUUCUCAACAGUUGUUUAAAGUUCUAAAAGUUGAAUUUUUCUCAGUAUUUUAAUUAUUACAAAGUUUUUUGACAAUUUCAUCAUAGAAAUUGAAAAUUUGAACUUUUUCCAGGACUUCAAUCCCUACAACGACCUUACUUGUACAUUCGAGGCUGUGCCGAUCAUAUUUUUCUCAGCCAUGGAUUCGAGGCCGAUUGAGGUAUAAUGAAAAAAAUCUGAUUUUUGAUUAUUUUUUUGAAAAAAAUUAGGAAAUCAAACCGGUUUUUUUAAAAAUUUGUGAGAAUGCGACCUGGAGAAAAACUUGGAAUAAAAAAAUAAAGUUUCGAAAUUCGGGAUCUUUUUUUGAAUAUCAGUCUUACAGCUUUUUAUUCGAAGUUUCGAAAGUGCAUCAAAAUAUGAUAUACUAUAGACCAUUUUGAGCUUAAUUCUAUCAAAUCUCGCUUGUUUAAUUAUUUUUAAAAAAGCUCUCAUUUCUGUUUCCUUCCCAAAUUUUAAUAUUAUCGCGUUUUUCUUCGUUAUUAUAUGAUUUUACGCUGAACGGUUGUAUGGAGUUUUAUCUUUAAUUUUUGUUUUCAAUUCUUUGAAUUCUUUCAAAGAGUUUUCUACAUGGUUAUCAGAAGAAAUUUGAAGCUUUCACUAAAUUUUUUUCAGAAAUUUUCAUUUAUAAAAACGUAAAUUUUCUGUUUUUGAAUAUUUUUCUCCUCGGUUAUCAGAAAGGUUUAAAUAUUUUUAUUGAACUUUUUAUAUCAGUUUUCAAAAAAAGAUUUUUUUGCUUAUUUUUUUAGAAUCAUAUUCAAAUUCUACUGCAGGUGGAAUUUUUGCAUCGGUCGCCAAUUUGUGUCCGAUUGCAGCUGUCGCAAAUCUACCCACAAGUUCAGGCCAACGAAAUUGUUCAGGUCUGGGAAAUCAAGAAAAAAAAUGGGACAAGUUUCUGGAAAAUCUGUAAAAAUAUGGACUUCUUGUUGAUUUUGAAAAAAAUUUAUAGUUCAAUUUCUUUCUUCGAAUAUUUUCCGACAAGAAUCAGUCGAUAAUUAUUCAAAAAUUUCUCGAAUUUUGCAGUUUCAAUGGCGGUUUCGAAACAAAAAAAUGUUAAAAAAAGAAUUUUUCAAAACAAAGUCUUCAAAAGAAAUCUUUCAAAGACUUGAAAUUUGUGUCAGAUUUGUCAAAUAUGAAAGUUUGAACGUUUUUUUCUGUUUUUUUAGUCAAAUCAAAAUUUUUUUAUUUCUCACAUACAAGUACUAAAUUUCCCGAAAUAGAUGUAGGGAGAAUUUUUCAGUUUUUCAACUAAAAAAAGAAACCGUUUGCUGGUACCUUUGAAGGAUAAGCGACGAAAAAUGAUCUUGAAUUAACAAUAUUGGCAAUUUUUCCCUUGUACUCUUGUACUAAAAAAAAUUUUCUUGGGCGUUUUUAGACUCAAAACCAUUCAAAAAUUGAAGUUUCAGGCUGAAUUUUUUUGAAUCUUGCUAACAUAUUUUUUUUACUUUUCAAGAAUUUAUAUUUUUUUAAAAUACAAUCUGGUUUUUGAAUUCGACUCUUCAAAAUAUAUUUUUUUCCAGGUUUGUUCCUGCGCCACGGACGGCUGUAACUUUAGCUCAACCAACGAUUCGACAUCCCAAAUCUUUAAUUUUUUUCUUCUUUUUUUGUUGUUUUCCCUACUUUCGUUCCUUUUCUUGUUAUAGUUUUUUUCGUUUCUUUAUCUAUUUUAAAUCUUUUUUUCUAUCAACGAAAAAAAUCUUUCUCCCUGUGCUAAAUUGCCUUAAAAAUCCCGUAUUCCGAAGAAACUAUCUCACAAAGUUGCGAGUUUUCAUUGGUUUUUGUUGCGAUAUUUUUUUUGAAAUAUGGUCUUUUGUGAAGAGACAUGGAGUAAAAAUAUUUGAAUUAUUCUAUUUUUUUGGAUGUAUUUUGUUCAUUGCAAGCUUGAUUCUUUACUUAUUGAGCGGAUUUCGAGGAGGGAGGUUAGUUAGAUUUUUUUUUCUACUUCAACAAAAAUUGAUUGACUUGAAAUUUUGAAACGAGCCAUCCAGAGAGUGUUUUUUUGAAUGACGUCAUUGCACUUGACAUUAAAAAAAUCCGAACAGACUAUAAGAAUACAAGUUUGAAGAAAAAAAUUUCUAUUUUUCUCUUCAAUUAUUAUUUUUUUUUCUAAUUUUUCAACCAGGUCUUUCAAAACUUUUUUGAUACCAAAAAAUCAAUUUUAAAUCGUGAAGUUUUUCUUCAAAGCGUGUUUUUUUUUUCACAAAAAUUGAAGAUUCAGCUAAUUUCUAUUUACUAACCGGAUCGUUUAAAAAUUUUUCAUUAUUUUAUGAAAUUUUGAGGAAGCCGGGUUGUUAUUAAUCAGAAAAAUUUUCCGUUUUUUUUCUCGCUUCGAAGCCCCCACUGAUUUCUCAGAAAGACACGAGCUGAUUUUAUAUUGUAAGAGAAUCGACCGUUUUCAUGGAAAAUGAGAAAAAUUUAAAUAUCUUACAAUACAAUACAAUACAAUAUUUAUUGGUUGUUUUAGUCAGAUGGUAUCGACUAGGCGGUGAAAAAAAUUGCUCUUUUUGAGCGGCACUAACACCGCCUUUGGCGAAAAAGAAGUCAAAACGUGUAGUCGAUUGAAUUGAAAGCAUGAUCUUACGGUCCUUCGCCUCGUUCUUCCACAAGUUGAUCCCUCAGUUUCGCUUGUACGGGCACGGCGGUGAUGGUGAGGCUCGGGCACGGACUCCGUGUACACUCUAGGGUAGCCUCGGCCGACUGAGAGAGCUACCACUUCGAGUGAAGAAAAUACACGGAAUCUUGAUUGAGAAAUUGGGAAGAAUCGACCGCUUUCGCCCCGAAUUCCGCCUUUUUUUUUUAGCAAAAAAGACCGUAUAACAAAUUUGACCAAACUUCGCUUCGAGACCUUUUUGUGCAUUUUUGUAGAGCAGACGGAUGAAAAAAGCUUGGGUUUUGGUAGAUUCUCUUUUUACUUUGAAAUGGGACCAUCUCGUACAAACCAAACUAUCACUUUAGAUUCUGCAAAAAGAAACCACCUCAGCAACGAUUUCAGCGGACUACUGAUGAUUUCACCGAUCCCUCGGAAAACCUGCAAAGUUCGAGCAAAAGAUGCGGAAUAUCACGACUGACUUUCGGACGCGGCUGGCAAAAAGAAGAAAAAAAAGCCGACGACUCUUUCCGCAGUUCCAUGGAGGCUGUUCUCGUCACUUGA